AUGUCCGCCCUCUCGUACUCUGCUCCGCCAGAGCUCCUAGCUCAGGCUCAGAGCCAAAGUAACUGCAACCUCCCCCCAGGUUUUCAGAUCAAGGACUUUACGGCCAAGUCGAACGAAACCGGCCCGGCAGCCUCAUUGACGGCAUAUAACUUCACCUUUGUGGACCAGACGACGAGCGUUACCACCAACUGCCAGUUUAACUCGAGCUCUGUUUCCACCACGCCUCCAGGUUUGACGCCUAGGUUUGCCUGCGACAAGAGCGGUAUCAGCGGUGUCAAGUUCAUCUGGGACAACACGAGAAGGCAGUUGACCAUGGUUGAGAGGAUCUGCCCUAACACUAGGGGUGUUCCUACGUACGAGGUAGCCGGUACAGCGACCAUUUCCUUGUCUUGCCCUUCAACGUCGGGAACUUGCACAACGAAUUCGACCAGUAUUGAUGGAAAGUUCACCGCGCUGGACCCCGUAACAGAUCCCACUCGGGUCAAGGUCAAGUACUGGGUGAGCUAG